AUGAGGAGCAAGAAAUCAUCUCUUGUGUUCUUCCUGUUUAUUCUGUGUGUCACAUUUUCUAUAAUGUCGGUCGAAGCUAGAAAGCAUCACACCAAGAAGACCAAAAAUCAGAAGAAAGAUAAGGGAGGCUCAGCCAAUUCAGGAUUUCCAGGACGCGCUCCUGCACCAGCUCCUCUUCCUCCUUAUGGCUCUAGUCCUACUCACUCAAACAUUUUCGAUAUUUUGUCAUUUGGAGCUAAGGGAAAUGGAGUCUGCGAUGAUUCAAAGGCUCUUCUAGCAGCAUGGAAAGCUGCGUGCAAGGUGCCGCGGGCUAUAGUAAGAAUCCCAUCGGAGUUCAAGUUCCUCAUCAAGCCCAUAACUCUGCAAGGUCCCUGCAUGCCUAACCUUGUUCUUCAGAUAGAUGGAACCCUCUUAGCACUCCCGAAAGUGGGUUCAUGGCCAAAUUCCAGUUUGUUUCAGUGGUUGAACUUCAAAUGGGUCCAAAACUUCACCAUUCAAGGUAUUGGAAUUAUUGAUGGUCAAGGCCCUCAAUGGUGGACCGCCUCUUCACUCUACUACACUCAGGCUUUGAGAUUUUAUGCAAGCUAUAAUGUCAUGGUUCGAGAUAUCAAAAUCAUAAACAGUCCUCAAUGCCAUUUGAAAUUCGACAACUGCGGCUGGGUCAAAGUCGAUAAUAUAAAGAUUUCUUCUCCCGAAAACAGCCCAAACACUGACGGCAUUCACCUUCAAAACACACGAGAUGUAGAAAUUCAACAUUCUAUUAUCGGGUGUGGAGAUGACUGUGUAUCAAUACAAACUGGAUGCUCAAACAUACACAUUCAUCAUAUUAACUGUGGCCCUGGACAUGGUAUAAGUUUGGGAAGCCUUGGAAAAGACAAGAGUGUUGGUUGCGUUUCUGACAUUGUUGUGGAGAAAAUCUCAGUGCAGAAUACAUUAGCUGGAGUUAGAAUAAAGACAUGGCAGGGGGGUAUUGGAUCCGUGAAGAACGUGUCAUUUUCCAAUAUUCAAGUGACUGAUGUUAAGGUCCCCAUAAUAAUUGAUCAAUAUUAUUGUGACAAGCAUUUCUGCAAGAAUCAAACAGGAGCAGUAGCGAUAUCUGGUGUUAAAUACGAUCAGAUAAUUGGAACUUAUUCAGUGCAGCCAAUUCAUCUAGCAUGUAGUAACGAUAUUCCUUGCACCGAUGUUGAUCUCAUCGAUAUUCAGUUGAAGCCGUCGCCAAAAUAUCGAGGUUUUCAGCAGGCACUGUGUUGGAAUUCCUAUGGAAAAUCAAAGGCUCCUUUGCUUCCUUCAAGUAUUGACUACUGCUUAAGAAGAGAUAGCGCUUCAAUUGUGAAGAGAAUAGAAAGAUCUCAUGAGCAUGUGUGCUAG